AUUGUUAUCUGACAACACAGCGAAUUGCCUUAAAUCUUGUAUUUAUUUGUUUAAGUUGAACAAGAAAUCUUUUUAUUCAAGUAGGAAAGAUUUCAAUAAAUGUUUCAAGUGCUUGUUUGUUACACAAUAUAAAGGACUUAGAUGGCUAAAACAGGGACCGGAAGCGGCGAGGAGAAGUCCUGUCCUGGUGAGGCACAAACAAAGGACUUAACUGAGGCAAAGGGCACUGGAGAUUCGAGUGGAUCAAACAUUCCUGACCUUACUGUGCAAACAGAUGCUCAAAAUAACAAUCAAGAGAAGGUAGCUGAAGAAAUAUUUGUGACUAACGACAGUGAGGGCAAUUUAAAUUUAGCAAGUCAAGCAACCGAGGAUAAUUCAUUAGAUGCUGAUGCUGAAGCAGAUAACGUCGAAGAUACUUGUGAUACUGUUAUUGAAACAGAAGACAGUACAAGCAAAGAGAAGUUAGAGCUAGUUACUCAGAUUGAAAAUACUGAAGAGUGUCAUGAUUCUGAGGGAGACCAACAAAAUGUGACAGAAGAAAAUGAUUCUGUUCUUACAGACGCAUCUAAAGAGGCAGACAACAUUAAAGAUAAUAUAAUAACAGAAGAAGUUAUAAAACCUGAGAAAACACACGUAAGCACAUUCCUGUCUAAAACAUAUUUUGAUGAGGGUUCUAUCUUAAAGUUUGGUAGUGUAGAUUUCGCGGAUGACGCUCAUAUUCAGCUGGAGAUACUACACGAGAAAACCAAAGGAAAGUCUUGGGAGGACGAGUUAAAAGAAACUGCUGAAGCACAGGAAACAGAUCUGACAGAAGAAGAGGGCAUUAUAGAAGGUGAUCACUUGAAAGAAACGUCAGUUAAUCAAGUCGAAGUUACUUCUUUUCACCCAACGAUCGAGAACGAUGUGUCACUCGAAACAGUAGACACCGACACGAAAUCAGAUGAACACGCAGAAGAUAAACUGAAUCAAGAUUGUUUACCAGAAGAAAGUUUGCAAAGUAACAUUAGAGUUGAUGAGGAAAGUACAGAAGUAGCAGUUGAAAAUAAGUUCAUAAAGGAAACAAGUGUUCAAGAAUAUUCUGAAAAUUUCACUGGUGUUAGUAAAAUUGAACACAACGAUCUUGACACAUGUGAGCUAACUGAUACUACUGCAUUUAAAGAAACUAAAGAUAUUUUAGACGGUUUUGAGGAGAAUAUCGAUAAAUUAGAAGGUAUUAAAGAAUCUACCGAUGAACUAAAAAGUAUUAAAGAAUCUACCGAUAAACCAGACGGCAUUAAAGAAUCUGCCGAUAAACCAGACGAUAUUAAAGAAUCUACCGAUAAACCAGACGAUAUUAAAGAAACUGUUGAUGAAACUAACGUGUCAGUAACCGAAGAAAGUAACUGUGAAUCAAAGAAUCAUACAGAUAACAGCGAAUACGAUGCUGACACCAGUGAUUCUGAGACUGAAGAAAUUGAGCGUACAAAUAAAGUGAAAGCAGCACUGCUGUCGUGCCUUAAAGGCAAACGUGAGACAUUUGAAAGAGGAGAUAUAGAUAAUACCAAUAGUGAAAGUGAGGCAACAGAACACUUACAUUCUGUAAGACAAGAAGCACUUGACACUUUUACCAAAAUAGAAAAUGGGAAGACCCCAGACAUUGAAACGAAUUUAAAAGACAAACCGGAAAUAUCAGUAGAAGAAAUAGUCGAACUGGAAUCUGUGAAACAAAGUAAUAAUACUCUAAGCAUGCCAGAGACUCGCGACAAUAUAGAUGGGUGUGUUUCACCCUCCAUGAUGUUUGCGUCGUGUAGGUACAGAUGGGAGAGAACAAUUCUAACUCAGGCUCCCAGUGUAGUAUUUGUAACGCUUAAUAAUAAGGAGAUCGAACCCAUUAAAUUAGAGUGGUCGGAAUCAUCACGAUGUUUUUACUCCGAGGAGAUCAAAGUGCCAGUGGGCGUGUACAUAGGUAACCUGGUUAUCGACGGUACCUUUUACCCAGUGGAGGAUGUGGUAGUGAAACAUUACACUUUCGAGGUUGACCUCUAUCUCAAAGACGGUGAGAAAAUACAAGUUGAUUUUUUGUAGAUAACUUAUCAUUCA